CAAGCUUUUUGAUCAUUUAUCUGUUAUUUGGUCCUCUCGCAUUCAGCACAAAGCUGUUAAAUUUUCCUAUUUGAUCUUUAAAAAGUUUGUAAAAAAAGUAUUUAUCACGAAUUUAUUUCAAGUCAUCAUGAGAUUAGGAUCAAUUUUUGUUCUUUCCGUUGUGGUUUUGUUACAGUGUUGCGAGUCACAAACAGUUUAUAGACGCUCACAAUUGUCAUCAUGGCCUUCACAGAUGUCCCCUCUUCAACGACAAGGGCCACAACAACGUUAUGCAACCCGAGACAUGAUUCCCACGGGCGCUGAUCCAUACUCUCAACAACAAUUUGGAGCGAUGGCUGCCGACGAAUCGCCAAAGUUGGUCAUUCGCAAAUUUAUUCGGUCAUCACAGCAGGAUUUGCAGCUGCAGCAGCCGACCAGGAGCCGUAAUGGUUCACCACCAGACCCGGCGCAGGCCAGAUUUUUGUUCAAUUGGUUGUUUGGAGGGAGGCAACCCUACUACCCACCGCCUCCACCCCCUUAUGGUCCUGCCGAGUACUGCGUCGAAUACAUGAACCCACACACUGGACUUUAUGAAGAAGAAUGUACUCCAAUUUGAUAAAAGAGUUGCAGCGAAAUGAACAAUUAUUUCAAACGUUAUAAUUUUGACGAUUUACAAUUCGUAGUCUCAUGAAUUUGCAAUAAAUAAUUAGGAAGAUUUGCAUACAGAAAAUUUGCAUAAGCUCAAUGAUAGUAUUUUUGCGCAUUAUUAGAGUUACCCAUGAGUUACGAUACGAUUUCUUUAUCAUCAUCGUGCAUACAUAACCAAUGGAGACACUCGGAGACAGGCUGAAUAUCAUCACGCACCACGAUUGUUUGUCUUUCACUCAAGGGUUGCUUGACUUUUACUAACAAAUUCGAAGUCUUGUGUACAUCGUGGACAAGUUUUAUCGAGUUCCUAAGUCCCACCCAUAGGGUGUCAAGGAAUAUUACGCAGUCAUCAUUCAUAACAUAACGAAGGACGCCUUCUCAGAUCCUACAUACCUAUAUUCUGUUUCUGACAGCCGCAAUUUUAAUAUGCUCUAAAUGCUAAUGCUAAUAUGCUCUGCUUUUAAUAGUAUUUUUGCAAGUUUGUGUCGUGUUUAAAAUAAAAUAUUUACAGGGUUCAUUGAUAAGUUACAUUUCAAUCAAAUUAUUUAUGACCAUAGAUAAUUUUUAAAACAAGUAGAAAGCAACACAACCAAUUAUGUUUAAGCAUAUGUAUGUCUAGGCAAGAAAAUUAACAAAUGAACGAAUAGACAAUUAAAAGAAGAGCAACAAUUUGGAUUCAAAAA